AAAAUGCUUCAUGUGGUUUUUUCAUGUUUUCUUUAUACCGAAUUUUGUCCAGCCGCAUUUUCAUUGCUUUGACCAAAACAUAAAAACUGUAAAUUUUAACUGAUAUUUUAUGGCGAGUUCAUCAAAGAAGAUUAAAAACAAUGAAGAAUUCCCUACGGACUGGGAUAUUGACUACUACCGCGCUGAUCAUGAAAGUGACGAGCAUUGGCAAAUGAGACGCCACUUUAUGGAGCUGCAUAAAGAUAAAUUCCCGGAAGAUCGCCUUGUGUGCCUUGCUGCAGUGUUUACGAAUAUGGAGUUCAUGGGUUGCCGAUAUCCAUCCGAGACCAUGCAACUGGUGGCCGAGUUGUCGAAAGAAGUUGUAAAAGAUUAUAGGAAAAGUCGAGAGACGCGGCUUAAGCGUACUUUUGUAGCAGCUUCAGAAGCAGCUGAAGCACGCGUCAAAGCUAGGUUGGGUGGACAUUCAGGACAUCAACAAAAUCUUAAUCGAAAUAAUUCUGAUAACAGCAAAUUAUCUGGCAUGCAUAAGAGUAAUAAUCUCUUUGAAGGCCUACCGUUCGGAAAAUAUGUAUUGUUUUUAAUCGGUGGGCGCAAUUGCUUGCGUAUGUCUGCACAGCGAUGUAAUAUUGAAUAUGAAGAAAAGGAAGUCGAAGGCCCAAAUAAUACAAAAAAAAUUACUGUGUUCUUAAAUGGAAAGUUGGUAAGCGAUGCAUGCGAGGAAAACCUAAAAGCUGCAAAGGCGCAAGUUUUCAACAAUGCCUUAGAUGUGUUGCAAAAUAAAUGUUAUUCAAUAAAGCCAAAUCCACUGCGCGAUACAAUAAAAAUAAAUAAAUCCAAUAAUGAGAUCGUUUGUGGAGUUGUCAAACAACAGGCAGACAACGCAGAAGAUAAAAAAUUAGAUGCGUCUAAUAAAGGCUAUAAAAUGAUGAAGCUAAUGGGCUGGACUGGUGGUGGUUUAGGCUCUAAAACACAAGGCCGUGAAGAGCCAGUAGGCUACUUGCUAAAAAAUAAUCGCGCAGGUCUCGGGAACGAGUCUUGUAAACUAGAUCGCAAAUAUUUCAGACAGAUAUUACAGAAUUAUCUCGAAUCCGAAGACAUACGUGAACUGCAAUUUGAGCCAUCUUUCACGAAGGAAGAACGGGCAAUGCUCCACGAAAUUGCUGGAAAAUUCAAUUUAAAGUCAACUAGCCAUGGAAAAGAUGCAGAACGCCGUCUGGUUAUAUCUAAGAAGACUAUUACCAACGAGCAAAUUCUAAGUGAAAUUUUAUUAAAAAAGAACCCCAGCUAUAUCGAUAAGUAUUUUGUACAAGUUCCAGAGGCGAAAGCUCGUUUCUAUCCAGAACACACUGAAAAACUAGAUUUAUAUAUGUAAAGAUUUAGGAAGUUGUAGUUCGUUGCCCUGCACCCUCCCAACCAAAAAUAAAUAUACAUAUAGAGUAGUUUUUAUAAUAAAAAUGACGAAUUAUUGAAA